AUGUUGGUGAAUUGUGGCCGGGUGGUGGUGCGUGCAAUAAUCAGUGCGGGUGUUAUUGAUCACUCGAUACAGUUGCCCGCUGAAUGUCGUCGAGGCGUGUCGAAAUGCGAGAACUUUUCAACAACAGUAACAACGAAUCAGCCAGAGCAAACACCAGUCACAAGGGUAUACGCCAGUUGUUGUGGAUUCCCGAAAGAUUUAGUUAAUGGUCCUUCAGUGGUUCGAGAUAAUGGCGUAUUCGGUGAUGAUGCGUGUUUUAUUGCGAAUUUCAAGAAUACACAUGUUGUUGGUGUAGCAGAUGGUGUAGGUGGAUGGCGUAGAUACGGAAUCGAUCCAUCUGAAUUCUCGAGUAGGCUUAUGAAAGCUUGUUCCGAAUUAGUUCAGUCAGGUGAAUUUGAACCGCGUCGUCCCGAUCGUUUAUUGGCGCAAGCGUACGAGACUCUAUCAGAACCACCUCAUCCGAUUGGUUCAUCAACUGCGUGUUUAUUAAUUGUUAAUGAAGAUACGUUGUAUUCAGCGAAUUUGGGUGAUUCCGGAUUUUUGGUUUUGAGGAAAGGUGAAAUUGUUUAUCGAAGUCGUGAACAAACGCAUUAUUUCAAUGCACCAUUCCAGCUAUCAUUAUUACCCGAAAGUGCAGGUGGAUCAGGAUUUUUUGGCGAUCCACCCGAGAAAGCCGAAUUGAAUAGUAUUGAUUUACAAAGCGGUGAUGUUGUCGUUUUGGCCACUGACGGUUUGUGGGAUAAUGUUUCUGAGAGUGUAAUUAUUGAGCAGUUAGCAAACGUUCAACAGAGUGAUAUACAGGCCGCAUGCAAUACAUUAGCGUUAACAGCGAGGAGAUUAGCAUUCGAUUCAAGACAUUUAUCACCGUUCGCUGUGAAAGCGUCACUGCACGGUAUUAACGCCCCAGGCGGAAAACCUGAUGAUAUCACUCUUGUUUUACUGCUCAUCGCAUAA